AUGGAUUCCAAGAUUAAGAUAGUUAUUGAAGGGGAAAUUAUUUCCUUACAAGAUUUGCUUGAUGAGGCAGGUAGCUGCAUUGGUGAUACCGAUACACCAAAAUCGACCUUUGUAAUGUAUGAACUUUGUCUUACUGAGGGUCUACGACGUUUUGAAGAUAGUUGGUCACAGAAGGUGACUAUUAUUUCACUGGAUAGUGAAUAUGAGAGGUUAUGUAGAAGUUAUAGAGCAAUAACUAGAUGUGUAAGGAAAGCUAUUGCUACUACACAGAAAACUAUGAGCGAGAUUGACACGGGAGAUAUAAAUCAACGGCCCGCUUUGCCUCCUUCGGCUCCUACUAACCCUCUCCCUCCCCCUAAACUCCCAGCAAUUAAGAUACCUGAAUUUAGCGGUGGGGAGGAAGAAUGGCUUGCAUUUUGGGAUAUAUUUAACAGUUUAGUUCACGAUCGUAGGGAUAUUUCCGAUGUGAUUAAGUUUUCUAUACUCAGAGCUAGUUUAAGGGAUAACGCCUUUAAAGCCAUAGAAGGUUUGCUUGUCACUAAUGCCAAUUAUUCAGUAGCUAUUCAGACCCUUAAGGAGAAGUAUGAUAAUAAGGAAAAAUUGAAACGUAGACUUAUGUCCAAAUUAACACAUUUAGUCCCUCCCAGUCAUACAAUAGAGGAUUUGAACACGUUCAAAUUGGAAUAUGAGAAGAUUAUUUUACAAAUGAACACAUUGAAUUUAGAUGUAGAGGCCAUGAACCCCGUUUUCUCUAGUAUAAUAUGCGAGAAAUUAUCGCCUGAAACAUGUAAGGCUAUAGCUAAUAAACGUAAUAGUAUGUCUCUUGAUAUAAAGCAAAUUUCCUCAGGUUUGAAAUAUGUUUGUGAAUUAAUGGAAUUUUGUUACGAAGGUGAGAAUUCUAAUAAGAGAAGACGAGAUCAGGGCAAAUUUUCUAAAGUGAUUCCAUCAAAUGUGCAAAGCGUGCAGAGAGCACAACCAAGUAACAGUAAACCUAGUAAUAGUCCUUACAAUAAUUGUGUGUUUUGCUCAUCGAACCAUGCCUCUCGCGAUUGUAAGACAUUCAAAUCCAUUGAUAGUAGAAGGGACAGAGUUGAAUAUUUAAGAUUGUGCUUUGCUUGCCUCAAAGGAGGUCAUUUAAUCUCUGAAUGUAGAAAUAAGCCGAAAUGUAAUAGAUGUGAUGGGCCUCAUUACCCGAUGAUUUGUAAGAAAACAGAAAACCCUGUUAAUCCUGCUCUACCAAAGUUGAGUGUAAAUAGUACUAAUAUUAGUAAAUCAAAUGUUAAUUCUGAGAAAUCUCAUAAUGAUUCUAAAUGUGCUGUUAGUAAAGGUGAUUCCCCAGUAGUUAUGACUGCUUCUUUGGGAAUUGAUCAUUCUCAGACUAAUAAGAUUUCUGUUUCGACUGCUCUUCCUACUGCUAAGGUAAUUGUGUCAGGGAAUGGACAUCGUUCCUUUGAGAGAGCACUCUUUGAUUCUGGUGCGCAAAGAACGUUUAUUGCAACGGAAUUAGCCCAUGAGCUUAGUCUAUCGUCCAUAGCAACAGUAGCCUUAAAGGUAAAACCAUUUGGCAGUGAUGCCAUGGAAGUUAAUUGUAAUAUAGUAAGAGUUGUGGUGAGACUAGGUAAGAUUCGUACUGUCAUUAAUGCCAUUGCAUUCGAUAGAGUUAAUUCCAAAAUUUAUUCUCCCGGAUUGAGUAAGUCAGCUGCAUUCUUGACGAGCAAAGGCAUAAAAUUAGCAGAUAAUUAUUUAAAUUCAGAUGAAGUAAAUGGUAUAGAAUUAGUCAUUGGAGCUGAUUGCUAUGGAAAAUUCAUUCAGAACAGUCAAAUGUCCUCUGGAAUACAGAUAUUGAAUAGUUCUGGUGGUGCACUAAUUUUUGGACCUCUUCCUAGUUGGUCUUAUGACAAUGUAGAAUCUAAUGAGAUUACUACAUCAAAUGUAUGUUGUUCAAGAAUAGAAGUAGAGGAAAUCCCUAUUAAUUCUUGUUGUGAAGUUAGAAAAUUAUGGGAUUUAGAAAGUGUUAGUAUUCGUCAAUCUGAAAUUAGUCCUGAAGAAAGAGAAUCAGUUAAGUCUUUUAAGGAUAAAGUAAAAAGGGUUGACAAUAAAUAUGAAGUGUCCUUACCAUUUAAAGAUGAAAGUAGACCGCCUGUUAACUAUAGAAUAGCCAUUAGUCAAUUAAAUUCCUUGUUACGUAGAUUCGAAUCUGACCCCUCCUUGUAUGCUCAUUAUGAUAAGAUUAUCAAAGAUUACGUUCAGUCUGGGUUUAUAGAAUUAAUUCCUUCAGGCUCCCCUAUUAUAGGGCAUUAUUUACCCCUUCAUGCUCAAACCCUCUUGCAUCAUUUAUCUUUACAUGAUAAUCCCCUUGCAUCAUCUCUGAUGAAGAAUUUCUAUGUAGAUAAUUUUAGUAAAACUUACAAGGAUGUGUCAGUCUUGAUGGAUGAGUAUCCAGUAAUAAAUGCGAUUCUUGAAGACGCUAAUAUGCCUCUACAAGAAUGGGUUCGUAAUGAUUCAGAAUUUAACAGAACCAUAGAUGUUAUCAAAGAAAGAGUAAACGUUUUGGGUUUAGAGUGGUAUCUAGCAUAA